UAUUGACACAUUUUAUAUUAUUAGUGCUACCAUAACUUUAAGUUACUAUAUUGUACAAUUAUUACAAUGGACAAGAACAAUAAAUUGCAGAUACUGAAAAAUGCUAUAAAAAGUUACCCUGAUUUUCCCGAACCUGGGAUCAUUUUUCGAGAUAUAUUUGGCGUGAUUAAUAAUAUCACAGCAUUACGAGCAAUGAAAGAUUUAAUUAUGGAACAUAUUUUAUUUCUCGAAGUCGAUUUAGUUGUAGGAUUGGAUUCACGUGGCUUCCUCUUCGGUCCUAUAAUUUCCAUGGAAUUGGAUAAGCCUUUUUUACCCAUUAGAAAAAAGGGUAAACUUCCAGGCAAAGUCAUACAACAGAAGUAUACAUUAGAAUAUGGAGAAGCCACUUUUGAAUUACAAACAGAAUUUAUUAAUAAAGGAACUAGAGUGCUAAUUGUUGAUGAUUUAUUGGCAACUGGAGGUUCUAUGGCUGCAGCAGUGCAAUUAGUA